GAGACAUCCAGAUUUAUCUACUCUUAGUUUUCUUCUUCUUUUUCCUCCUCUUACCAGUUGUGUUUGAGUAAGAUAUGGAGGAGUCAUUGAAGUGCCUCAUCGAGAGGGUUAAGGAAGAGGUUUUCUCUCCCUCGGCUGACAUGUACUCCUUUCUACCAUCGUCUGCCUACGAGACUGCAUGGGUAGCCAUGAUACCCAAUCCUGAACGAUGCCGUCGUCCAAUGUUCCCAAACUGUUUGGUUUGGAUGCUCCGCACCCAAAACGAUGGAGGGUUAUGGGGAGAGCUCGAUCUCACCAUAGACUGCCUCACUGCGACUCUGGCCUGUAUUAUUGCGCUCAAGAUUUGGAACGUUGGCUACAUAAAUAUAGAGAAAGGAUUGAAAUUUCUUCAUGCAAACACGGAGAAGGUGCUUAUGAAACACCAUGGUGGCAUCCCCCGAUGGUUUGCCAUUAUAUUCCCGGGCAUGCUUGAGCUGGCGAAGGCCAAAGGCUUGGAGGUCUUUCCUCAGGGCUACACAGGAGUCGUGGAAGAUAUCUUCAACGAAAGGGAGAAAAUUUUCAAAAUGGAAGAAACAUCCUGUGGGGGUCACCAUCUUCCACUUUCACUGUACCUCGAGGCCUUGCCAGCAAUCUACCGAGGGAAGCAUGAAGAUAUUCUUAAGCAUAAGAGAGAAGAUGGGUCCUUGUUUCAUUCCCCGUCUGCAACUGCUUGUGCUUUCAUGAUCACUGGAGAUGGAGAUUGCAAGGAGUAUUUGGAAGCCAUGGUCCAAAGAUGCGGACAUGGAGUUCCUCCCGCAUACCCUGUGGACCAAGACCUCAUAAAGCUGUGUAUGAUGGACCAUUUGAUGCGACUAGGAUGUGGUGAACAUUUCACCAAGGAAAUAGGAGAUGCGAUGGAUCACAUUUAUUGGAAUUGGGUAACGGAGGAGCUGCAACCGUCUAACGUGCACAAUCUGCCGCUCCAAAUAUUCAAAGAUUUUUUAACCUUUCAACUCCUAAGAAGGCACGGCCAUCGAAUAUCCCCAGAGAGAUGUUGUUGGUUUAUGCGUGACCCGCAAACGCUCCUGCACAUAGAAGAGAACUAUCAAAACUUCUUGGGAGCUAUGUAUGCUGUCUACAUAGCCACACAUUUGAUGUUUCUAGAGGAACCAGAAUUCGAAAAUGCCAAAACUUUCUCCAAGAAAAUAUUGCAAAAGGGAUUGCCAGGCAAAGAUGUGAAAGACCAUCCUUCAGCUCUUUCUGAUCUCCAGAAGGAGAUUGAGCACGAGUUGAAGCAUCUGUGGUUAGCACGGAUGGAUCAUCUGGAGCAUCGGACAUACAUAGAAAGAACUAAAGGCUACAAUAUUUGGAUUGGAAAGUCCUCCUCUUGCAGGCUAACAUGCUCGGACGACAUUAUCCAGCUUGCCAUAAAAAAUUUCAUGACUCGCCAAUCAGUCUAUAGGACUGAACUCGAGGAGCUAAAGAGGUGGUCCAAAGAUACGGGCCUUGCCAACAUGGGCUUCGGACGAGAGAACACAUCAUAUUGUUACUUCGUUGCUGCUACUCCCAUUUCCCUUCUCUUAGACUCGGAGGUGCGGAAAAUUAUGGCUAAAAGUGCAACCUUAGUUACAGUUGCAGAUGAUUUUUUUGAUGAGCACGGUUCAUUAGAUGAAUUACAAUGCCUCACCGAAGCAGUACAAAGGUGGGAAGGAGAAGGCUUAUCUGGGCAUAGUAAAGUUAUUUUUGAGACUCUUGAUGACCUUGUAUGUGAUAUUGCAUUGAAGAUUUUCAACCAACAAGGUCAUGAUAUGAAAACACUUCUUCAAGAUUUCUGGCGAGAAGCAUUCAAUGUGUGGUUGACGGAAUCUGAGUGGAGUAGAAUCAAACAUGCACCAUCAAUUGAUGAAUACCUUCGAGUAGGCACGCUCUCUAUAGCUAUACAAGCAAUGUAUCUCCCCGCAUGUUAUCUUGCAAGUCCAAAGCACCCACAGAGCUCUCCAGAAACCCAUUAUAGCAAAAUUACCACAUUGUUAAUGCUCUCAGCUCGCCUACUGAAUGACAUUCAAAGCUAUGAGAAAGAGAUGAAAGAUGGAAAACUGAACAUGGUGCCAUUGUACUUGAAAGAGAAUCCACAGGCAAAUAUUGAAGAUGCAAUUGCAUAUAUACAGAACAAACUAGAAAGGCACAAGAAGCAGCUGCUUGAAAUUACUAUGGUUGAUAUCAAUACUGAAGUACCGAAAGAAUGGAAACAAAUCCAUUUAUGUGCUUUAAAGGGGUUUCAGAUGCUUUUUAACACUUUUAAUGCAUUUGACUCACCUACUGCGCUACUUCAGGACAUUACCAUGGCCUUCUAUGAACCAUUAGUUAUGGACUCUCAGAGAAUCCUUCUCCCAACAUUUGUGCUUAAUGCUCAUGAGUCAAUUAAGGAGACUACAGGACGAUCAAUGGAGGAAAGUUCUAAGAAAGAAUCGUCAGUGAAGGCUCAAGGUCAGCUUCAAGGAGUGAAUGGUAAAAUAGUUUAUAAUCCAAGAGCAAUAACUUCCAAAAUCAAGCAGUCACUUUAUUAUGUGAGGCCCAAAAGUUUUAUUACAUUACGGUGCCCAUCUUCCUAUAUGUUUUUAGCUGUGCCUCCCAUUUCUCCAAGUCCUUUGUUGAAGAUGUAGGCGGCAGCAUUCAGGUGUGCAUGUUAAAGAAAUAUUUAUUUCUAUACUGCUAUAUCUUCUGUGUUGUGAUAUUUUUACCAAAAGAGUGCAUAGUAUAGUCUUUUAUGCACAAUGUAUUGAUGAUAAUAAAGGAAAUGUAAGUGCAAUAAGAAUUUAUGGUUGUUUUAUCCGUGCCCUUAAUCAUGUUUAUACAUACACAAAUUAUACUUGUAUAUUUGGGUUCUUUGGCCUUCCCUAAGUAUCCAUGAUCUUUCAGAGGGCCCAAGCAUUUUGGUACAUUUGUACAAUCUUGAGACCUUACUCAAAAAAGCUACCCAAAAGUUAUUUAGAUUUUUGACUUUCUAUAAAUACCCAAGUUCUUCUUGCACAUAACUCAAAAUGCACAGCCACAUGGCUCCUCAUAUAUUUCAUUCAGAUUACUUUUAUAUCAUAUGUAAUUAUAUCCUUAGCAUCCUUAAGGUAUGUCUAAGUGUAUUAUUGAAAUUAAUGAAUGAUUGAGGCCUCAAUCCACGAACUAGUGAUCUAACAAAAACAUCUCAAGCAUUAUUCCUAUCUUAAAUUUCUUAUUCAACCUGAUCUAAUCAAAUUAAUGUGUCUCAAUGCAACCUAACUCCAGGAGCCCAACUCUACUCGAGCUUAGCCCAACUCUACCCAACAUGAGACUAGGCUGAAUUGGAUUAGGGUGGAGAAGUAUAAAGAUAAAGUUAAGUUAGCAUUUGCCUUUAGAUCAAAUCAACUUGCCCGAGUUACAACCCUCACGAACAUAUUGGUUAGAAAGGAAAAGGAGUUCUUGAAAUAAAUAUUACCAAUGGACAUAGUAAAAUGCUAAAAAGAUGGAAGGAACUCCUUUCGUCACGCUUGAACUUGGGAUGUUAUAUAACAAUUCCAAUGCAUUUGAUUCACCUGUGGCAUUGCUAGAAAACAUUAGCAUGUCAAUGGAGGCAUGUCGGUAGAUGAAGAUUGUGGAGGAGUGGAUUUUGUGAUUAGAGAUUAUCAUGCCAUACUGAUAGGGGCAGGAGGUCACCGCAUUUUAGGCCAGACUGUCAUUGAGGCAGAGCUCCAGACAGCUUAGGAGGGCAUUUUCUAUGUGAAGAUAGUUCUUGGAGCUGAUAGGGCACAUUUGGAGGAAGACUCUUCCACAUUGAUCGAUUGGAUUUGGGGAGUAGAUCGCUAUAGAGAUGACUACCUAUUGAUUUGUGAGAUCCGCAGACUAAUCAAGAAGAUGGAGUCAUUCCAGGUAGCGCAUAUGUAUCGAAAGGCAAAUAGAGCUGCGGAUUGGGUUGCCUCCUUCAUUGCUCGGCAUUCCGGAGAUUUUUCAUGGACCGGGACGGAUAUGAUCCCUCAUAGCUUGUAUCAUUUUUUUUCUUGACUUGGAUGGCUGUAAUGAGGUAAGAGCUAUAUAAUAUGCUGUUUUCAACAAAAAAAAUAUAUAUAAAAAAAGGAGAGAAAGAGAGAGAGAGAGAGAAUGCAUGACUAUGAUAGCCACUAAAGGUCAGUCAUCUGUAGGAGUCCGAUAAUUCAUAUAGAACGAUUGUGGGCGUUGAAAUGGAGCAUCUGCAAGUUAUAUUCCCUGAUUAAACCUGUAUCUAGAAAUAUAUUUUUUUA